CUCAAGGACUCUCCGUGUAUAAGAGGAACCUAGAAACAUGGACCGUGAGAAAUGAUAUUAUAGACUAUAGUAUCAAAUCCACAUUAUUACAUCAUUUUAUAUUCUUGUCUUGGCUAUAGUUUUUGGAAAUUGAUAUACCAAAACCAUAAGAUUUUUCCUUUUCCCAUCACUCUCGUGAAGGCUCUGGCUCACAAGCCAAUAAAACCACCUAGUUAGUAGUACAACAUUCAACUCACUCUUAGAUCACAUUUCACACUCAAAUUCUCAGCAUUCAGUUACCAAUAAUCUAAAUCUCACUCUGAUCAAGUUAGCACAUUUUUCAUAUAUAUAUAUAUAUAACAUUUAGUUCAUACUUCAUACUCUAAUUUGGUCAGGUUAUAUUUAUUGCUGUUUAAUUAAUUAUUUUCUUCAGCUUCCUUGGUAUUGCUUUUCAUUUUCCUACUUCAUUCUGAAGUUACUCAAAUUUGAACAUCAAUUGAGUUUGGCUCUUAACAAGGACUUGAACUCUUGAUACAUCACGAUUCACCAUCACAAUGGUGUCUACUUGUGUGAACUUUAAGGCAAAUAACCAUGUAGCAAAUUUGAGGAAAGACAGUAUUUUUCAUCAAGAUAAUGGUUUUCUUGGUGAGAGAAUCAAAGUGGGUGUGAAUUACAGUCCCUGGAUUGGUAAUCAGUUUGGAAUAAGUUUGAGAACCAAAGAGAGGGUUAAGAAGGCCAAACCUGGUGUUGUGUCUGCUGUUCUUACAUCAAAUGAUGCCACUGAGACUAAGACCUUUCAGGUUCCAUCAUUUAUCAGAAGAAAAGCUGACCCAAAAAAUGUUGCUUCCAUUGUAUUGGGAGGAGGUCCUGGUGUUCAACUUUUUCCUCUUACCAAAAGAGCUGCUACACCUGCUGUACCUGUCGGUGGCUGCUAUAGGCUUAUUGACAUUCCAAUGAGCAACUGCAUCAACAGUGGAAUCAACAAAAUAUUUGUACUGACACAGUUCAAUUCUGCGUCUUUAAACCGUCACAUUGCUCGCACCUAUUUUGGAAAUGGCAUCAACUUUGGAGAUGGAUAUGUGGAGGUUUUGGCAGCUACUCAAACGCCAGGAGAAGCUGGGAAAAAUUGGUUUCAAGGAACAGCAGAUGCUGUGAGGCAAUUUACAUGGGUAUUUGAGGAUGCCAAGAACACUAACAUUGAGAAUGUAAUAAUCUUGGCUGGUGAUCAUCUAUAUAGAAUGGAUUACAUGGACCUUGUGCAGAGUCACAUUGAUAGAAAUGCAGAUAUUACAGUAUCAUGUGCUGCUGUUGGUGACAGUCGUGCAUCGGAUUACGGAUUAGUCAAGGUAGAUAGCGGAGGUCGCAUCAUCCAAUUUUCGGAAAAACCUAAGGGAGCUGAUCUUAAAUCAAUGCAAGCAGAUACCUCUCUUUUUGGAUUGUCAAACCAAGAUGCAUUAAGGUCACCAUAUAUUGCAUCUAUGGGAGUUUAUGUAUUCAAGACUGAUGUUUUACUCAAGCUUCUAAAAUGGAGGUAUCCCACAUCCAAUGACUUUGGAUCAGAAAUCAUUCCUGCAUCUGUUAAGGAAUACAAUGUCCAAGCAUUUUUUUUCGGAGACUAUUGGGAAGACAUUGGAACAAUAAAAUCAUUUUACGAUGCUAAUAUGGCUCUUACUGAAGAGAGUCCAAUGUUCAAAUUUUAUGAUCCCAAGACACCCAUUUUCACAUCUCCAGGAUUCUUACCACCAACAAAGAUUGAUAAAUGCAGGAUUGUGGAUGCAAUAAUCUCACAUGGUUGUUUCUUGAGAGAAUGUAGUGUACAACACUCCAUUGUGGGUGAACGUUCACGUUUGGAUUACGGUGUUGAGCUCCAGGACACUGUAAUGAUGGGAGCAGAUUAUUACCAAACCGAAUCCGAAAUUGCUUCUGAGCUGGCAGAGGGAAAAGUUCCUAUUGGGAUUGGAAGUAACAGCAAAGUCAGGAAAUGUAUAAUCGACAAGAAUGCCAGGAUUGGGAAAGAUGUCAUCAUCAUGAACAAAGAUGGUGUUCAAGAAGCAGAUAGACCAGAAGAUGGAUUUUACAUCCGAUCAGGAAUCACAAUUGUAAUGGAGAAAGCGACAAUAGAGGACGGCACUGUUAUAUAAGUGGCUAGCAGGGUUUGCUUCUCAAGCAUUCCAAAGAUCACUUUGAGAACAGAAGGGUAGCAGUUGCAAUACCAUGUACAAUAGAGAAACCAGACCCCCUUUUUGUUUAUAUAUGUGUGUGUUUGUGCGUACGUGCACAUAGUAGAAGGGUCCCUCCCACUACAUGUAAAAAUAGAACGAAUAAAUAAAGCGUUAAUGUAAAAUCAAGAUGCACAUAAAUAAAAUGAUCGAAGGCUGUUUGUGAACUGCCAGGUUGUUUUCA